CACUUCCUUUACUUUGAGAGGAACGCCUUUGUGUUGUGGUACAGUGAUGUGGUUGCUCUCCCACAUGCCGAAAUCAAAGAUGGCUGCAUCGCUGAUAUGCAGUAGCACCCAGAGCAGAGUCAGUUCAGUCUUGAACAGAGAUGUCAAACAGUUUGGGAAGAAGUACAUGUUCGAUUCCAAUGAAGAGACGUGCUGGAAUUCAGAUCAGGGCGAUGCUCAGUGGGUCUUCCUGGAAUUCCCUCAAAGUGUGCGGGUGACCGAGUUGAGGUUGCAGUUUCAGGGCGGAUUUUCAGGGAGAACGUGCAGAUUUCACGCAGGCUGUUUACAAGAUAAUGACUUUGCACUCAUCACAGACUUUUACCCAGAGGAUGACAACUCGCUACAAAGCUUUCCCAUUCAGGAGGCCCCCCCAGUGCACAAGAUGAAAAUAGUUUUUGAAAACAGUGCUGACUUUUUUGGAAGAAUAAUUAUUUACUCUUUGGAUAUCCUGGGAGAAAGAAUGCAAUGAUUUUUUUUUAUUUUAAAGGAAGAAAUAUACUACGGUCAAAUAACAACACUGCUGCUUUUCUCCCUGAAUAUGACAUAAGGUUUUUUUUGCCACAUUUAAAGCAUGAAAAAGAAUGACUCUUAAAACAGUUAUGCUAAAAAAAUCACCAAUCAUGCCUUUAUUAUUUUAAAAGAAAUAUACAUGUCUUUUUCAACUUCAUUGCCAUUUGAAAACCUUGCUGUUCCAUAGGAGAAAAAAAAUAAACACAAGUUUUGUACUUUGA